CUCCCUACCGUGCCUCCCCCUACCUCGCGCGACCCACUGUUUGAACGCCGCCCUGAUGAUGAUGAUGAUGAUGAUGGACCACCGAGAAAUAACUACGACGCGCAAAUUCGCGCUCAUGGAAUUUUAAUCGAAGAGUGGAGAAGCUUUGAAAAAGAGGACGUGGGGAAAUGGGAAAAGAGGUUUGAGAGGUUUGAGAGGACGGUGGAGGGGUUGAAGGAGAGGGAGUUGGAGCCGGAGAAGGCGGUGGGAGAGGUGGAGCAUGAGUUUAUUGGAUUGGAUAAUGCGGUGGAGAAUUUGAGGGCGUUGAAGGGGGAGUUGGAUCGGGUGAGGGAGGAGGUGGAGUUG